AUGCCACCUUCACUCACCCACUCACCCGUCACGGGCGACGAGGUGCCCGACUACUACAUCCACGCCUCCGACGCCUUCUUCCGCGACACCAAGGGCCGCGCACUCCUCCUAAGAGGCGUCAACCUUUCCGGCCAGAACAAGUCGCCCAUCGGUCAACCCUCCCAAAAACUCCAAGGCUUUUGGGAAUCAGCAGAGUCCGGCGGCGAAAGCUUCGUAGGUCAGCCGCUCAACCUCCACGAUGGCUCCGCAGACGUCCACCUCGCCCGUCUCCGCUCGUGCGGAUUCAACUGCCUCCGCUACGUCUUCACCUGGGAGGCCAUCGAGCAUUCCGGUCCAGCCAAGUACGACACCCAGUUCCUCGACUACACCGUCCAGGUCCUUCGCAAGGUCAAGCAGUAUGGAUUCCGAGUAUUCAUGGAUCCGCAUCAGGACCUCUUUUCGCGAUUCACCGGCGGUUCAGGCGCUCCCUACUGGGCCCUCGUUGCUUGCGGCAUGAACCCGCGCAACUUUACUGCCACCCAGGCCGCAUUCAUCCAGGCAGAGUGGCCAAAUCCCGCCGACCCAAACCCAAGCAGCUUCCCCGACAUGCUCUGGGCCACCAACUACACUCGCUUGGCAGCCGCCACCCUCUCCGUCCUCUUCUUUGCGGGCAAGCAUUUCGCGCCACGCUGCAUCAUCGACGGCCAAAACAUCCAGGACUGGCUCCAGUCCCACUUUCUCAACGCAUGCAAACAGCUCCUCAAUCGCAUCGUAGACGCCGGCGACCUCGUAGACGAAUGCGUCAUCGGCUGGGACAGCGUCAACGAGCCAAACCAGACCUACAUCAGCCUCUCCAGCAUCUCCUCCAUCCCCAAACACUGGCAACUCAAAAAGGGCCCCGUACCCACCCCCAUACAGAGCUUCCGUCUCGGCGCAGGCCAAGCUCAAACACUCGAGAACUGGACCUUCGGCGCCAUGGGUCCAAAGCGCUCCGGCUCCGUCACCCUAGACCCCAAAGGCACCCUCGCCUGGCUCACAGAAGAAGAGGAUCGCACACAAGGCGGAUCCAAGUGGGGAUGGAAACGCGACGACGCCUGGCCCCUCGGUCAGUGUCUCUGGGCUGCCCACGGCGUCUGGGACGAGGCGACGGGCGAAGUCCUCAACGACGCCUACUUCCAGAACUACCAAGGCCCGGCUGGCGAGCGCACCGCCGAAUUCGCAGAAGACUACUGGCUCCCGCACUACCGCCAGUACGCCGCUCUCAUCAGAGCCACCCAUCGCGAGGCCAUCAUGUUCAUCCAGCCGCCCGUCUUUGAGCCGCCCCCCAAGUCCAUCUCCCAGGACGACCUCCAGCACCGCGCAUGUCUCUCGGGCCACUUUUACGACGGCCUCACCCUCAUCACAAAGCACUGGAACUGGUUCAACGCAGAUGCCGUCGGCCUCCUCCGCGGCAAAUACCCCGGCGUGCUCUUUGCCAUCCGCGUCGGCAACAAGGCCAUCCGACAGUGCAUCCGCGACCAGCUCGGAUACCUCCGUCAGGACUGUCUCGACGGCCUCGGUCAAUACCCAAGCCUCAUCGGCGAGAUCGGCAUCCCCUACGACCUCGACAACAAAAAGUCCUACUUUGGCGACAACAAGGGCCGAGGCAUCGGAGACUAUACCGCGCAGACCGCGGCCUUGGAUGCAUCGCUCAAUGCGUGCGAUGGCAAGAACCUGCUCAGUUACACCGUAUGGACCUACUGCCCCAACAACACCCACGAGUGGGGCGACGACUGGAACGGCGAGGAUCUCAGCCUAUGGAGUCGAAACGAUGUCAAAUCUGCCGAACCCGACGACACCCUCGCCACGCCUCGUUCGCGCAAGUCGAGCUCCGCCUCUUCCUCUCAAAGCGCCACCAAGCCCAUGGCCAGUCUCACCAGCCUCUCUUCCAGCUCCAGGUCGAGCACAAACUUACCCGAGCUCGUACCGGGAGACGGCGAGUACAAUGCUCCCAGCUUGCUCAACGGCCUGCGCGCAGCCUCGGCCUUUUGCAGGCCCUUCCCCGUCGCAACCGUGGGCACGCCGGCGAACAUCGAGUUUGACAUGAAAUCGUCCCAGUUCGAGUACGUCGUCGACGUCACCGCCGCCGAACUACACCACGGACUGCCCACCGAGAUCUAUCUGCCCUUCCUGCACUAUGGCGCGCACGAUGUGGCGGCGGCGGCUAGCGGCGAUCGCGGCAACCGACGCAAAAGCAGCGGUGCAGCCUCGGACAAAUGGGCACGCAAGCAGGAGAGAAAGCUUCGCUCCGCCGACUCGCUCUCGUCGUCUCGCUCGAGCAUCACCGACAGUCCAAGUGCAGACGAUGCGUCGUCGUCAUCAGCCUCCACCGUGCUGGCUGACUCCGCAGAGCUGUCCACCUCGCCCACCCCAGCCUCGUCCGAUCUGUUGGCAAUCGACGUGGAGGUCUCGGCGGGAACAUGGACGGUGCAAGGCCAGUAUCUGCACUGGUACAUGACCAACGCAGAGGCCAUCGCCGACGACGCUUCCAGCCCCGCAGACGGCGUCUUCCGACACUCGAUCAAAAUCAAACGCUCCGGCGGUCCAGUCAGACUCGAUAGGUCCGGAAGCGCCUGGGAUAUCUUGACCUCCUGCGGCAUUCUUUAG